GCGCUUCGGGCGCCCUGCCUCGGGGCUCCUCCGGGGAGUGGCCAGCUGUUGGGUGCGAGUGAGGGGGACGACGCGACUUCCGUUUCCCUCUAGGCUGGGGCCCGGCCGCCGACGGGAGUUGGCGUUUCCAGAUUGGGACUUGGGCCGCCCCUCUUCCAGGACCCUCCCCUCGGGACCGCGAAGGGCGCCGCGGGCGAUCCGGACCGGCUCUCCGGGCGCAGUGGAAAAGGUGGACAAGUCCUCUUUUCAAGAGAAGAUGACUUUUAACAGUUUUGAAGGAUCUAAAACUUGUGUACCUGCAGACAUCGAUAAGGAUGAAGAAUUUGUAGAAGAGUUUAAUAGAUUAAAAACUUUUGCUAAUUUUCCAAGUAGUAGUCCUGUUUCAGCUUCAACACUAGCACGAGCUGGUUUUCUCUAUACUGGUGAAGGGGACACCGUGCGGUGCUUUAGUUGUCAUGCAGCAGUAGAUAGAUGGCAGUAUGGAGACUCAGCAGUUGGAAGACACAGAAAAGUAUCCCCAAAUUGCAGAUUUAUCAAUGGCUUUUAUUUUGAAACUAAUGCUGCGCAACCUACAAAUUCUAGUGUCCAAAAUGGUCAAUACAAAGCUGAAAACUAUCUGGGAAACAGAAAUCAUUUUGUUUUAGGCAGGCCAUCUGAGACUCAUGCAGACUAUCUUUUGAGAACUGGACAGGUUGUAGAUAUAUCAGAUAACAUAUACCCGAGGAACCCUGCUAUGUCUAGUGAAGAAGCUAGAUUAAAGUCCUUUCAGAACUGGCCAAACUAUGCCCACUUAACCCCAGAAGAGUUAGCUCGUGCUGGACUCUACUACACAGGUAUUGAUGAUCAAGUGCAGUGCUUUUGUUGUGGUGGAAAACUGAAAAAUUGGGAACCUUGUGAUCGUGCAUGGUCAGAACACAGGCGACACUUUCCUAAUUGCUUCUUUGUUUUGGGCCGGAAUGUUAAUAUUCGAAGUGAAUCUGAUGUCGUGAGUUCUGAUAGGAAUUUCUCAAAUUCAACAAAUCCUCCAAGAAAUCCAGCCAUGGCAGAUUAUAAAGCACGGAUCAUUACUUUUGGGACGUGGAAAUACUCAGUUAACAAGGAGCAGCUUGCAAGAGCUGGAUUUUAUGCUUUAGGUGAGGGUGAUAAAGUAAAGUGCUUUCACUGUGGAGGAGGGCUAACUGAUUGGAAGCCCAGUGAAGACCCUUGGGAACAACAUGCUAAGUGGUAUCCAGGGUGUAAAUAUCUAUUAGAAGAGAAGGGAGAGGAAUAUGUAAGUGAUAUUCACUUAACCCAUCCACCUGAGGAGUCUGCGGUAAGAACUGCUGAAAAAACAACAUCACUAACUAAAAUAAUUGAUGACACCAUCUUCCAGAAUUCUAUGGUACAAGAAGCUAUACAAAUGGGAUUCAGUUUCGGGGACAUUAAGAAAAUAAUGGAGGAAAAAAUUCACACAUCUGGGAGCAACUAUAAAUCACUUGAGAUUCUUGUUGCAGAUCUAGUGAAUGCCCAGAAAGACAAUACACAAGAUGAAUCAAGUCAGACUUCAUUGCAGAGAGAGAUUAGUACUGAAGAGCAGCUAAGGCUCCUGCAGGAGGAGAAGAUUUGCAAGAUCUGCAUGGAUGAAAAUAUUGCUGUAGUUUUUGUUCCUUGUGGACAUCUGGUCACUUGUAAACAAUGUGCUGAAGCAGUUGACAAAUGUCCCAUGUGUUACACAGUCAUUACUUUGAAGCAAAACAUUUUUAUGUCUUAAUCUAACUCUACAGUAGGCGUGUUAUGUUCUUAUUACCCUGAUUGAAUGUGUGAUGUGAACUGACUUUAAGUAAUCAGCAUUGAAUUCGAUUAGCAUUUGCUACCAGGUAGAAAAAAGUGUAAACUGCAAUGUUAUAGUUGGCAAUCUAAAAUUUGAAUUUCUGGAUUUUUCAGGAUAUUAGCUGUAUUAUCUAUUUUUUUUUUACUGUUAUUUAAUUGAAACCUUAGACUAAGAAGCAUCAUAUUGUAACUGAUCACACUAUGUAUUUGUUGUAAACUGACUUAGUUUCUAUGUGUAAGAGAAUUAAUCAGCUGAAUUUUUCAUUCUUUUCAGAUAGGCUUAACAAAUGGAGCAUUCUGUUUAAAUGUGGAGAUUAGAGUUAAUCUCCCCAAUCACAAUUUGUUUUGUGUGAAAAAGGAAUGAACUGUUCCACACUGGUGAAAAGAUAGAGAUUAUUUUCAGAUGUUUGUCUUUGUGUUUUAGAAUUCUGUCCAUUUUCUUUUAAAAUUUUACACAUGUACUGGGUAGCUGAUUUAAAAAAUGAUUUUGCUAUUGUUAAAAGGGUAUUUAAUAAUAGAAUACCAUCUAGCCUACAUGUACUAACAUAGAAAGAUGUCAAAGCUAUAUUAAGUGUAAAAUGCAAGUGGCAAAACACUAUGUAUACGAUGAGCCAAAUGAAGGUGUGUGUGUUUUGUAUAUGUAUAGGACAAAAGAUUUGGAAAGAUAUGCACCAAACUGUUCAAUGUGGUUUCUCUUGAGGGGGUGGGGGGAUGGGUCCCAGAGGGGGUUUACAGGGGCCUUUCACUUUCUACUUUUUUCAUUUUGUUCUGUUUGAAUUUUUAAGUAUGUAUUACUUUUGUAAUCAGAAUUUUUAGAAAGUAUUUUACUGAUUUAAAGGCUUAGGCAUGUUCAAACGCCUGCAAAACUACUUAUUGCUCAGCUUUAGUUUUUCUAAUCCAAGAAUGCAGGGCAGUUAACCUUUUUGGUGCCAAUGUGAAAUUUAAAUGUUUAUGUUUUUCCUGCUUUGUGGAUGAAAAAUAUUUCUGAGUGGUAGUUUUCUGACAGGUAGACCAUGUCUUCUUCUCUUGUUUCAAAAUAAAUAUUCCUGAUUUUGUAAAAUGAAAUAUAAAAUAUGUCUCAGAUCUUCCAAUUAAUUAGUAAGGAUUCAUCCUUAAUCCUUGCUAGUUUAAGCCUGCCUAAGUCACUUUACUAAAAGAUCUUUGUUAACCCAGUAUUUUAAACAUCUGUCAGCUUAUGUAGGUAAAAGUAGAAGCAUGUUUGUACACUGCUCGUAGUUCUAGUGACAGCUUUCCAUGUUGAGCUUCUCAUGUCGUCUUGUAUCUUAAAGUUUCAUGUGAGUUUUUACCGUUAGGAUGAUAAGAUGUAUAUAGGACAAAAUGUCAAGUCUUUCCUCUGCCUAAAUUUUUUUUGUUUUCUUGACUAGUAAUAGUAAUAGAUACUUCUGAAAUAAAUGUUCUCUCAAGAUCCUUAAAAACCUCUUGGAAUUUAUAAAAUAUUGCCAAGAAAGGAAGAGUAGUUGUUUGAAUAUUGAAAAGAAAAGAAAAGAAAACUUGAGUAAGAAUCAAUAUAGAUAAAAAAUCUAAGUUUAAAAAUGCUUCAUAGAACAUCCAGGCUUUACAUUACAAGAUUCUCACACAACCCGUUGUAGAGGUGAGUGAGACAUUUUACUGCAGAGAAAAGUUUAAGAGUGAAACUGUUAAAAAUUAUAUUUUCAUUGUAUUUUCUAAGAGAAAGAGUAUUGUCAUGUUCUCCUAGCCUCUGUUGAUUACUACUUUAAGUGAUAUUCAUUUAAAGCAUUGCAAAUUUAAAUGAGAAUUUUUUUAAUUACAUAAUGACUGCCCCGUUUUUGUUUUACUAUAUAAAUCCUCAGCUCUUUACCUUUGCGCUGUGUUCCACUUAGAUUUAGUUAUAUGUUCAUUAAGUUAAAUUUUACAUGUUUAGUCUAAGCUUUGAAUUUAAAUUACAAGGGGAGAAAAGUGUUAAAAGUUUUUAAAAUGUGUUUUCCAGGACACGUCAGUUCCAAAUCAGGUAGUUCUCAGUCUAGUUGUUGGCCAAGGACUGAAUUGUUUUAACAUAAGGCUUUUCCUGUUCUGGGAGCCUCAGUUCACUAAAACUCAUCUUUUAAAACUU